CUUUUCUGGCUUUUCUGGUUUCUCCAAGAUACCUUACCUUCCAGCCUUGCCUUCUGAGAUACAACGCCAUCUUCGUCCACCACAGCCAGUACUCUGACGAGAUUCAGCCAAGAAAAGAGCAAAAGGAAAGCUGGCGUCGGACAACAACUGCAGCAUCUCCAAUCACGACCAGGCCACCGGAUCUUCCCACCUCAUCCUGUACUUCCCCAGGUGAACUACUGCAGCCAGCCCACCGUCCACAGCUUCCGCAGACCGCAGACCGCAGACCGCAGACCACAGGCGCUGUGCAGAUCGAAGCCUUGCCUCAUCGGGUGCGACUUACACCACGCACCACCACCACCUACCACGCGCUGCGCAACGUCAACCUCCUCCGACUCCCCAACUCUUGCUCCUCCUUCUCCUUCUUCCUUCCCAUCUUCCUUCUCCUCUUUCCGCUCUCAUAUUACAACUAUCGCAGCAUCGCCUUGCUCAAACUCGACUCAGCCUCCCUUUGCGCGAAGUAGCACGCAGUAGCGACCAGAUAGAAUUCAAUAACCCGCCAGGCCAAAUACGAGGCCCCCUCCCUUUACGGAUACUGCCUGCCUGUCACUUUUGCACCCGCAGCUGCGCCUACGCCCGCGCCUGCCACCACAACCUUGAACCAACCACCCCCCCGCCCAUCCCGGCACCUUCAGUCCGGGGCAACUUGGCACCAACACCCAGCCAGCACCCAGCACUCAGCACGAGCGCAAGCACCGCCAGCCUGUGCACGAGCAGAAGAAAGGCAGCCACGGCACACUCGGUGCCAUCCAUCGUCAUUCUGUCCUGUCCUGUUCAUUCAUCUUCUCUUCUUCAACAUACCGAGCGACAUAAUCAACUUUACAUACCAAAUUCCGAGUCUCGACGCUUGUUAUCGCUAGUCGCGCCUCUGCAUUUCAUCCGCUAGCCGUCCACCAUAGUCGCAUCCAAUCCCAUUCCAUUUACAUACACCCAAACCGCACCUCUUCCUCCCCACCACGGCCUUCACUAUGUUCGGAAUCCAGCAUCACCCAGACCUAACUCGGAAGAGAGGACGUGACGACGAGGAGGACAUGCACAAUGGCACUCUGAGCUUUGGUGAACACAGAAACAAACGCCUUCAGUGCCUACCCCUCCGAACAUCGCCGACCUCCUCGAAGCGCUGGUCGACGCCCGUUAUACCGCUCAAUGCCGCUCCUUGCACUCUGACACCGGGCGACUCGGACUCGGAGGAACAGCCCAGGUCACACUUCUCGCCAUGGUCGUCAUCACCCGCGCCCAUGUCUUGCCAGCCCUCGCCUUUUGGUCCGACUGAGCCCGAUCGUGACAUGGACAUGAUGGACACAAUGUCGCCGCCGCCUGUUCCGCAGCAGCAUAUCCAGUCGGACCAGCCCGCCUCUGUCAACGGCCGUAUGCCCACCCCGAUUCAGCCAAACUUUGCCUCCCAAUUCAUGAAUGGCGGCUCCUCAGCGCGCGACUGGCGUGGCCCGGGUCCCGCGGUCAGCCAUCGUACCGGCGUGGUGAAUAUGGGCCACAUGCACGCCGGCUUCGGCAGCGACGAGUCCCGCUCCAUUCCUCGUACCAUGGAAGGCACCGAUGAUUGGCACGCCAUCCAGAAUCGCCGUCUGCCGUCGCCUAUUAGUGAAGGCGAGGACUCGGCGAGCCAUCUGGGCAGCGGAAGCCUGAGUCCCCCAGGAAUGGUCCUCGACAACGGUUUCCCGUCCAACCUGACUGCCCGCUUAGAACAGUCGUCUCUCAACGGACACGAUCAUCACGAUAUGGGUAUGAUGGAUGUGGAGGACCACUCACACAUGAUGAGUGAUGAUCCCGUCACCACCACCAUUGACGCCGCUCCCCUUGAAACGACAUCAGCACCGGCAACACCCUCGCCUGGACGCAAGGGACACAUUCGAUCUAGGCACACUGUCAACUCGUGGACUUGGCAGCCUGGCAUGAAGAAGAGCUUCAGCAUCGGUUACCGUGCUGAUUGCGAAAAGUGCCGCCUCAAGGUGCCGGGCCACUUUAAUCACAUUGUUGUCUCAUAGAACGGGCAAGAAAUCGUUUUGCCUGACGUUUUGGCGUUGCAGAUGUUUCCCAAACGGAACAGGCAUCGCCCUAGAGAAGAACAAAAACGGAGAGAGUUUGACGAAAGGUGCUUUGAAGAAUUACAAGAUCGACAAGCGAUUGCAUUGAUCCAAUCAGGAUGGUGUGUUCCGGUCGAGUAGGCACGGGAAACAUGAUUUCGGGACGGGGGUUUUCAGAGACAUGGGAGUCUCGGCCGGCGGUAAUACCACAUUUAGCGCACAUAUUUAACACUCGCUCGGGGCUUGUUGGGCAAGCUCUGUUUUCACGGUUCAUAGGUUACCGGUAUGCAUUAUUUGGGAUUGGGGAGUCGACUGGCCCGGCGUGGCAGUUUGAGACUCGGCGGAAGCCUGCAUUCUUGAAGCGUUUUCGCGGCUGUACAUAAUACCGGUCCAAAGGACAUAAUCAAGCGGCGAAAGUACGCCGGCACUGUUCA